UCCCCGGGUGAAUAUCAAGGAUGAAGUUUCAACUGCUGCUGCCUCUGACCAUUGCGUUGACUGUGGCCCUGGUGGUAGUCAUUAAAAGCCGCAAACAAGAGCACGACAAAGUGGACAAACGGAACAAGUUCGAGAGUAUGAAACUGCGGGUGACUAACGACGUGGUGGGAGAGUACCAAACGGAAAAGAUCUCCUUGGAGAACCACAUCGAAAGCGCCCAAAAAGAGGAGAAAAUGUUACGGACCGAUGCGGAGUCGUGUGAGCAGAAAGUCCUGAAAAAGAAGAAAGAAGUGGAAGCGUGCCAAGGAGCUGUGAAAUCAGUGAAAAACGGGGUGGCCGGUUUAGAAGGACAACUGCGGAAUCUGCACGGUAAAACGAGUAAAGAGAAGGAAUCAUGGAUUGCCAAACUGGAAUCACUGAAAAAGGAACUACAGGAGCCGAGUGCUGUGUGUGCCUUUUUGAAGAAAGGAGCACAUUCUGCAAGUAAAUUGUGUAACAAUCAACCAGAAGCAAAAGGAGAGGUGCCGAGCACGAAGCAGCCAAAGGCAGAGGACUCUCUAGCUCAGAAGCCGAAAGCGGAGAACCCGAAAGCACAGAAGCCAAAGGCAAAGGCCCCUAAACGAAUAGCAAAGGGUUGAGGACUUUGAGACUGAGGAGUUAUAGGCGGACACUUCUAAACCUGAAAAACCAGUCGGAAGGUCCAACAUUACAACUUUUGCAUCAUUUUCUAUUCAUAUUGUGCUUAAGUUGUCAGAUUGGAUAUUGCUAUUCAGUUUCAACAUGUUAUUUAUUUUGGUGGAAUAAAUAAAAUGCUCCCUCAACGUCUCCCUUUA